GAGACGCCAUUAGACUGAAGCUGGAGAGCGAAAGAGGCGGAAAUAUAUUUAGAGUUCAGCGGUCACUGACCAGGUUUUCUCUGCCCAACAGGGGAACCAUACCCCGCUGAUUUACUCUUAUAUUUCUACAGCUACAUAUCUCAUGUGAUCUUCGGGAGACGAAUAUUUCUUAUUAAAGUAAAGAUUUGUCCCUUCACCAUGGCGGCUGGCGGACCAGGCAGUAAAACAUAUUCGUUCAAGGUGGUUUUGUUGGGGGAAGGUUGUGUGGGCAAGACCUCGUUGGUGCUGCGGUACUGUGAGAAUAAAUUUAACGACAAGCACAUCACUACCCUCCAGGCAUCGUUCCUUACGAAGAAACUCAACAUCACUGGCAAGAGGGUAAAUCUGGCUAUUUGGGACACAGCCGGACAGGAGCGUUUCCAUGCUCUGGGUCCAAUCUACUACAGGGAUUCCAAUGGAGCCAUUUUGGUCUAUGACAUCACAGAUGAAGACUCUUUCCAGAAGGUGAAAAACUGGGUCAAAGAAUUAAGGAAAAUGUUGGGAAAUGAAAUAUCUUUAUGUAUAGUAGGUAAUAAAAUAGAUCUGGAGAAGGAGAGGCACGUCUCAGUGGAGGAAGCCGAGGGGUACGCAGACUCGGUCGGAGCGAAACACUAUCACACGUCUGCCAAGUUAAACAAAGGAAUCGAGGAGCUCUUCCUGGACCUCUGCAAGAGGAUGAUGGAGACAGCACAGGCCGAGGAGAGACUGAGAGGGAACGGUGCCAGCACAGCGGCCCCAGGCCGGAGAGGAGUCCAGAUCAUCGACGAUGAGCCUCGGGCCGCCACAGCCGCAGGAGGCUGCUGUUCAUCAGGCUAAGACUCCCCCUGACCACCUCCCGCGCCUCCACCCUGCCCUCCUUUCUCUCCCAAAACGACUGCCACUCCUUAUGUACCACUGGAUCUCUGCUCUUUGAUGUCCAUGGCUUCAGCCAGUUAUGUUUCUUGGUAUUGGAUCUGUUUUCCUGGACACUGCGGAGUUGAGAGCGCUGCGUGACUGGCAAAUAGUGGACUGUGUCGGUAACUCCUGUCUUUGGCAGCCUGAUGGCAAACAGCAGCAAAAGCCCCCCUUCAAACACACACACACACACACACACACACACACACACAGUGACUCUUUAUACUACACUAUCUUUACAAGCUGAAUUUUUUUAGAAUGUACAUGAUGAUGGGUUGAUUUUCUGUGAAAGCAUUUGUUUUAGUUAAAAGAUCAAAAGAAAUACGAAGCCAUUAUUUAAUUAUUUAAAUAUUUACAUUGAAAUCUGAAGUCCUCUGUACUAGUGUUAAUUGGUGAAUUAUUGUCUGUCUUUUGGUUUUCAAACAGGAAGUCCCCACUCUACAGGACUGCCCCCCUAUUCACCACUAAUCAGUGCUUGUAUUCAGCCGCCUCUGUGCGUGUCUUUUGAAAUUACAUGUACGUCCACAGAAGUAAAGUGUUCCAUGCAUAUUAAAUAUAUUUUAUCUGCUUUUACACCCAUUGCUGGGAAAUCAUGCAUCCAGUCACUUGCAAAAGUAUUCAGACCCCAGUUCAUUAUUUCAGGGUUUCUUUGUGCACAUUGCUUGUUUUGUGAUGUUCAUAUGAGGCUUACAUUGAUAAUUGCAUAAUAUUCAGACCCUUCAUAUUACUAUGGUCAAGGGGUGGGGGUCUGGCCGCUUGGUUAAUAUGGUGUUUGGAGUUCUUGGUGGAAGUCAUGUUCCAGAUUUGCAGAUGUGCGUUGGUGAAUUAGAGCUUUAGAUUUGACGCAAUACUGACGACAGUUUCACCACAAAAUAGCAGUAAGCAGGACCGGAGUUAGAUGCUACCCUGACAGUUUCCAUCACACGUCUGUCUUUUUUGUUUAGUUGCCAAAACUAAUCAGAUAUGGGUACCUUUUUAAUUAUUCCAAUGCCAAUAUGACUUCCAAACUCUUGAUAUUUAUUUUCUUUUUCAGGGCUAUUUGAAGUUUAGUUUAGUGGGAGUCCUGUUUGUCUUUCCUGUAAAUUCACAUUCUAGGUAGUAAAGGAGACACUUAUCUGUCAUGUCCUGGCCAUUCUGAGUCCUUCCCCUUCGGAGAUGUCCAGCAGACGAACACUUGUUUGGCUCAGACUGUCAUGCAGUCCAGGGUUUAAUCUUCAUUGUGUGAUGACUAAUCGGAGCUGUCAUGAAGGGAGGACCCUUUUAAAGCAGGCAGGAAGGUUAAUUCACAUUGCUUUUGAACAGUCUUGAUUUUUGGCUAAAGAUGUCCAGCUAGCUCAGAAAAGCUGCUUUGUGAAGUACCCAUUGUGUGUUUUGCAUGGAACUGUUAUAUUCAUUGAUAAAGAUUUCUGUGUGUUAUUUGAAAUACAACAUAUUUGAAUGGUUCCUGGGGGUCUGAAUAUUUUUUCAACUGGCUGUCGAGGUAGAAAACUUGUAUUAAUGGUUAAAUGAUUGUACGGUGAAGAAUAACAGUUCAUAGUAAAAGCACACUUUUUUGAACAUUUAAAAAAAAAUUAUUUAGCAAAUGUCAUUUAUAACAAUUUUGCAGUCCCUAGGUGUCAAGGAAGCAGUCAUUUAAGCAGUGUGUACGUGCAGUGGUGUUGGAAAACAAGCUUUGUCUUUAACUUUUUCUGAUUUACAGAUUUCUGACCCCCUUUUUUUGUUGGUGGGUGAGGUCAACAAAUAACAGGAUGCUUUUUGCAGUCAUUAAAAGAACAAAUGACUAA